AUACGCCUGCAUAGAUCUCAUUGGGUUGAUGAUGGUAGUGGUACCUUCGCUGGACAUUCUUUGAAAUUUUGGAUUUUGUUUUUGUCCAGUUCCAGUUUCAGUUUAUGAUUUUCCAUGCUAGUCGGUGGUUGGCUUUCGUGAAUGAUUGUGUAGUGUAGCUGAUUGCCUACGUUGGAUAAGGUUUUUUUUUCUGCAGACAGACUACAAAGUCCAGAGUUCACAUUGUAUGUGUUGGAAGUCAUCGUUUUAAAGUGGAAUGUCGUUGAGCGAGUAGGUCAUACAUUACUGAUACGCAACGGUAGAAGAAUCUGAACUGUGAUGGAUCGGGAUACUAUUUUCCAUUUGCCAAAGGGAAGCAAUGAGACAACCUUUUUUUACGAUGAAUCGCUACCAGCGCUGCCUUUACCAAAAUUAUCCCACUCACUCAAGCGCUACUACGAAUCGCUUAAACCUUUCGGAACUCCGGAAGAAUUAAAAAACUCCAAAGAGAUUAUUGAAAAAUUUCGCACCGGGAUAGGAGGCAAAUUACACGCAAUAUUGGAGGAGAAAGCAAAACAUGAUAAGAACUGGGUCGCUAAAUGGUGGGAAGAUUACGCUUAUCUAACAUUGCGCAUACCAUUGAUCCCGUAUUGUGUAAUGGCGCAACCGCUAAUGUUUGAAACAGUUGGUUUAGAAACUAAACCAGAGAAUUUUCUACGGGGUGCUGCCAUCUGCUGUGCGAUCAAUACACGCUUCUGGAACAUGAUUCGUACGGAAACACUUCGACCUGUCAUGAGUCCUGAUAAAAAAAUAAUUUUUUCCUCGGAUCAGUAUAAGCGACUUUUCAACUCUUGUCGAAUUCCCGGAGAAGAGAUGGAUAAAAUUGUUACCCAUUUUAAAACCGAAAAAGAAGGUCCGUGUCCAUCGCACAUUCUAGCCAUUUAUAAAGGAAGGUUGUUCAAAGUACAAGCAUUUCAUGAUGAUGGCGAUGAGCUUAGUGCUCAAGAUUUUCUUCUAGUUUUCCAACAGAUUCAAUACAAAGUAGAUAGCGAGGAUACCAACCAUGUUCCAGUGACACUACUUACUCAUGACGAUCGACCAACCUGGGCACAGAACAGAAAACACCUAAUUGAAUUAUCGGAAAAUAACAGAACUAUUAUGCAGGAUAUUGAAAGCGCAAUGACAGUGUUUUCUUUUGAUACAAACUGUCCUACAGAUUAUUCCGAUCUAGCUGUGAAAACAAUGAUUGGUGAUUUGCGGUCCAAGUGGGGUGACAAAAGUUGUGCCUCCGUUUUCUUCCCGAAUGGAAAAUUAGGAUGCCUGGGUGAACACAGCUGCUAUGACGGUACGAUUUCGAUGGCCGUAAGCUUGUAUGCGAUGUUAACCAUUGCCGAAGAGGGUGUUCCCGACUGGACCAUUCCACCGAAACGGGCAGUACAGCCCGUCGAGUUAGUUUUCGACGUAGAUAAUAAAAUAGAGGCUGAAAUUAGUCGAAUGCAAGUCGUAGCAGAUAAAAUGCAAAACAGUGUUACAGUAACGGUAGACCAAUUUAACGGAUAUGGUAAGGAUUAUAUGAAAUCUCGAAAGAUUCAUCCGGACUCGUGGACUCAGACGGCUCUGCUAUUGGCGUACUAUCGCAUGCAUGGCAGUUUCGCGCCGACAUACGAAACAGCUAUGAUGCGUCAGUUCUAUAAAGGUCGUACGGAAACUUGUCGCUCGUGUAGUAUCGAGGCUGUGAAUUUCAUUAAAGCAAUGGACGACUCAAACGAAUCCAGUAAUACUAAAGCUAGCUUAUUCAAAGCAGCAGCAAAUCGUCAAGCAGAGUUGAUGAAUGAGGCUCGAAAAGGCAAUGGCUUUGAUAGGCAUUUGUUUGGCUUAUGGUGUGCAGCGCAAGAACAGGGACUACCCAUUCCGGAUUUUUACGACGACCCUUUGUAUAGUAGAAGCGGUGGAGGUGGUAAUUUUAUCCUUUCAACCAGUACUCUAGGAUUCACGAUAAACUGUGGAUUUGUGGCUCCGAUGUGUUUAGAUGGAUACGGUUGUUUUUACUCGAUUUUAAAUGAUGCUCUAUGGUCUAUGGUUACCGCGUACAAGGACUCCGAAGUGACAAGCUGUCGAAAAUUACAAGCUGCUUUCUUCGAAGCAAUGGAAGAUAUUAGAAAAAUAUUUGAGGAUGAUGCCGUGGCAAAACUGUGAAUUGUAGCAAAGAACAAAAUCAUUGGUAUUAGGUGCUUUUUCUACUAUGUAUUGUGGUUUAGUAGGUGAAUAAAAUGGUGUUAAGCUUGUUGAUAAGUUUGUUCCAG